GAUGGACAGCUGUCGAUCAUCAUCUGAUGCGCUCCCUAGCCGAAAGUGCUUGGCCAAUCAAGGAAGCGGAUGCUGGUAGGUGAGGAGGUGCUGCGAUUGGCUGCAAGGAAAAAUGGCGACGGCGGUGGAGUUUCCAGAGCUGAAAGAGGUGAAGCGCGGUUUGAUGGCGGUGAGCGGUUUGUGCCGGGAACGCGGGCUGCUGCAAAGCGCCAAGUGGGCUUCAGAGCUGGCUUUCUCUUUGGAUCCUCUUCCUAAGGAUGAGCUGCCUCCUGUCCCUCCAUUAUCAGAGGAAGAUCUGGCAGAUUUAGAUGCCUACACUUUGGCCAAAUCGUAUUUUGAUUUGAAGGAGUAUGACCGAGCGGCGUAUUUUCUCAAAGGCUGUCAGAGUCAGAAAGCUUACUUCCUAUAUAUGUAUUCCAGAUAUCUGUCUGGAGAAAAGAAGAAGGAUGAUGAAACAGUUGACAGUUUAGGCCCUCUGGAGAAAGGACAAGUGAAGAAUGAGACUUUGAGGGAAUUGCGAGUGGAAUUGAGCAAGAAGCACAAAGCCCGGGAGCUGGAUGGAUUUGGACUCUAUUUGUAUGGAGUAGUUCUACGAAAGCUUGACUUGAUUAAAGAAGCCGUUGAUGUGUUUGUGGAAGCUACACAUAGUUUGCCGCUGCAUUGGGGAGCUUGGCUUGAACUCUGUAACCUCAUUACUGACAAGGAGAUGCUCAAGCCCAUGGUUCUGCCCAGUACAUGGAUGAAAGAAUUCUUCCUGGCUCACAUUUACACAGAGCUGCAGUUAAUUGAAGAGGCACUUCAGAAAUAUCAAAACCUGAUUGACGCUGGCUUUUCCAAAAGCACUUAUAUCAUCUCUCAAAUUGCUGUGGCUUAUCACAAUGUCAGAGACAUUGAUAGAGCUUUAACCCUUUUUAAUGAGUUACGGAAUCAAGAUCCAUAUAGAAUAGAGAAUAUGGACACUCUAUCCAAUCUCCUGUAUGUUCGGAACAUGAAGCCUGAGCUGAGUUACCUGGCACAUAAUCUUUGUGAAAUCGACAAGUAUCGAGUGGAAACAUGUUGUGUGAUAGGCAAUUACUAUAGUUUAAGGUCUCAACAUGAAAAAGCAGCCCUGUACUUCCAACGAGCACUAAAGUUAAAUCCUCGUUAUCUUGGUGCCUGGACAUUAAUGGGCCAUGAGUAUAUGGAGAUGAAGAACAUAUCAGCAGCAAUUCAAGCCUACAGACAUGCUAUUGAGGUGAACAAAAGAGAUUACAGAGCUUGGUAUGGACUUGGGCAGACGUAUGAAAUCCUCAAGAUGCCAUUUUAUUGUUUGUAUUAUUACAGACGAGCUCAUCAGUUGAGACCAAAUGACUCUAGAAUGCUCAUUGCAUUGGGGGAAUGUUAUGAAAAGUUGAGCCAGCUAGCUGAAGCCAAAAAGUGUUACUGGAGAGCUUUUUCUGUUGGUGAUGUAGAGAAAAUGGCUUUGGUGAAACUAGCAAAAAUUCAUGAGCAGAUGGGUGAAUCUGAUCAAGCAGCUCAGUGCUACAUCAAAUAUGUCCAAGACAUCUGUGAUUGUGGGGAAAUUCUGGAGCAUCAUGAAAUGAGCACUGCAUUUCGGGCCUUGGCUCAGUAUUAUUUCAAAUGUAACCGGUGGGAUGAGUCAUCGGUCUGUGCACAGAAGUGUUGUGAUUACAAUGAUACUAGAGAAGAAGGAAAAGCUCUGCUCAGACAGAUUUCACAAUUGCGAAAUCAUGCUGAUGCAUCACCGACAACUGUGCCUGCUGAGGUAUCAAGGACAUUUGGCCCUGGAGUUAACACUCCCUCUGCAAAAUUACCUCCACUCAACCUUUCCUCCAUUACACCGUGAAACGACAAUAAAACCAAGACUCGAGCUGUUUGGAAUGAAGACUACUACUAACAACUGAAACUGCAGUUUAAUUUACUUUCCUACUUAAAAGUAGAUUUUAAGCAUCUUAAUUGACUUCAUGAAUGUUGAUGGGAAAUGAAUGAAUUUCAGCUGGACCUCCAGAGUUGAGACUCAUGACCUGAAUUUAGUCCCUGGAACAGAUCAAAUCAAAGUACAAGGUUCAAGAUGUUCCAAUUACAGCAUUAGUUAACUUAAGUGAAUCAUUACCGAAAUGCCCUACUCUUAAGUUUGGGUUAUGUAAAAAACCAUCUAAAAGGCUGCUUCUAUUAAUUGUAAAAUGUAGCUAGUCUUCCAUUAAAGAUUCAAAAGAGCCAAGAGUUCCAUUUCUACUGUUAUGUAAAAAUAAACCCACAAGGCUACUUGAACAUACUGCAGGCUAAACAAGUUUCGGUUAAAAUAUUUCAUUGCAAUUAUCUGACAUUGUUGCUCGAUUAUGCAUGCUAAAUACACUUCAGAACAGACUACUGCAAUGUUAUUAAACAAUUUUAAUUUUCCCUCAUUCAUAUACAUGUAGCAAGAUGCAAGCAUAAAGUUUAUACCAACAGUAGUGUGUGAAGUACAAGGUGGGAGGUUUUAGUUUACAAAUGCUUUCUUUAGAAUCUCAGCCAACCAAAGCAUACUUUAUAAUGCAGUGGUCAGAAGUCUCAGUUGAACAGUUAAAUUUUUCAUUUAACUGCUUUGAUUUUAGUUGUUGGGCACAAGGCCUAAGAAGUUCAUUACAUAGUAUGAAAACACAUCUUAAUGAAAACAGUACUUGGGAUGUGAUAUGCAACCAUUAAAUCAUUUAAAAUGCAAAUACAAUGGAUAAUGUAAAUAUCACAACAUGAACAACAUUUGUGGAUUAAAAAGAAUUCAACAUUGCAAGGCACACAAAACUCUUCACAUUUUCAGAGAAAGUGGAAACUCAUGAUAGUUUACGAUUUUUGGUGCAAAAUGUUUCCCUUCAACUGAAUAAUCUGAAGUUCUUUGGCAUAUAUAGGAAGCACAA